AGACAAUCUACGCUACUGUCUCGUACCUGUCGCUGAAAUCACAAAGAGAAUUCAUAGUGGAACCAUUUCCUGAACCAACAAGAGCCAUUACAAGUGAGCAGGCUAAAUAUUUGCCCCCAUCAGCUCUCUCUUACAGUGAUAAUCUCACUUGGCUAUUUGAAUCCAGCCACACCCUUAAAACACCCCGAGACCAUCACUUAACGCCACGAAGAUUCUUCUUAGCCGUGCGAGUCACUGACCGCUCAAUCAUCAUCACCUGAGUUAGCCGUCAUUUCCCUCGCAGCGUUCUCAUCAACUCCAAGAGGACGAACCUCCAUUGACAUCGGGAACCAAGAGCCGACACUCGGACUCUAUUCGCAAAUCUCCACCCGAGUCACCGCACACAAUCUCCACUUGGGGGCUUUACUCGCAGACUGCGUCUGGACUUUUUGAACUUCCUCUACAUGCCAUGGUCGCCCCCACUCCGCCUGCAAACGCCCUCAAUGUCGACUACAUCCUCACCUCGACCUUCGACAUCGACACGGGCCCUAUCAUCCUCCACCAGUACCCCCCGCAGAAUGCACCGUACCAACCAGUGUCUCUAGAUGACUCACUCAUAUACCUCCCCGAACUCCUCCUCCCCGACCAGAUCCACACGCGCGCCGAGGACUCGUCCGUGUUCAUGCUCUACCGCAACGCUGCGAACGAGUUCAGUUACGUGUAUGACACGGCGCGCGGCUUCAAUGAGACCUUCUACGGUUUCAACAUCCUACAGACCAAGCUCGACGCGGAGCUCCGUCGUGGUUCCGUCAUUAAGUCGUUGUGUCUUGUGACGCGCUUGCCGUUUUUCCACGUGUUCCGCCCAGUCAUGGUGGUGGCGCUCGAUAGCUACUUCGAUGGCAAUACUGAAUCGUGCUUGCACGAACUCUACACGACGGUGAACGAAGUGCCGAUUCUCCAGAUGCACCGUUACACACAACUCUCCGCGGUGCGGGCGAUGUUGGUGAAUCUGAUUAUCCAGCCGUCGCUCCAUCCGUAUCUCAGUGCGUUCAAGUCGCAGUUUCGGAACAAGUUGUUGAAUUUGAAAGCGAUUCCGGAUGAAUUGUUUGCGAGGCCAAUGGCCGAGCUAAAGCCGACGACUGAGACGAGGCCAGAGUCCCUGCCAGUGACACACACCUCGUCCCCCACGCGACUGGUGUAUUCAUCAACAAUAACAGAUGAAACCUCCCGGCUCCGCGGACUCACACUCGAUACUGACGUCGUCCGCUUUGGUGACUACGACUUGGCGCCAAAACGGGCCAAACCCGUACGAGGGCUCACACUGGGACCACGUCCGCCGCCGUCGGUGCUCUACCGCAGCAAUGAAAUUGCGUUCGAGGCACUCAUCACCUUUCAGGGCCUCAUGCUCCCGCUCCGUGUGCCCAUCGCGCCGCUCGAGGACCGGCUCACCGUCGCACCGAUGUAUCUGUUCCUCAAAAAGCUUAUGGACGCAGGGUGCACCGUGGCGCCGACUGAGCUGGCGUUCUCGCCCGGUGCAAACAAUCGUGCAUCGCUUCUCUUGGCAGGCUCCGCGGGGCUCAAGUUGGCGAAACCUGCAUCGCCUGUGGUACCACAGGGCACACCCGCCAACGACGGCUUGCGCAUCUACGGCCCCGGCACACCGCCCGUGAUUGUGCUUAUCAAUGCAGUACUCUCCCACCGCAGGAUCGUCGUCUUGGGCUACCACGAGCCCGCCCAAACAGUGUGCGACUACGUCUGCCACCUUGUGCAGUUAGUCAACGGCGGCGGACUCCUCACGGACUUACUCCGCCGCGUGUUUCCGUACAUAGACAUCAGCAAGCUCGACACGUUGGAGCCACUUGAGAGCUAUAUCAUCGGUACGGCGAAUCCGAUCUUCAAGCAGAACCCACGGUGGUGGGACGUACUCUGGGACCUCGACGCGAACGAAAUCGUCGUGGCUACACCCCAGGCGGCCGUGACACCCCAGGGAAAGUUUGGCGAAGAUCUCUUCUCAAUCAUCCGUGAGGAUGCACGCUUCCUUACGGGUUUGAAAGAUAUUGUGCGCAACCAUCACGACGAAACCACCAUCGAACUCUUCUGCCGCCGCCACAUGAAUGAAAUUCUUCGCAUGCUCCACUCGCCACCGCCUGGGCUGGCGGCUCCCCAGGCAGAUAUGGCAGCCACGAACGCAGAGCUUGCCUCUAUGGUGCUUCCAGGCCUGGGCUAUGCCUGGGCAAGCACCGUGGAGUACGAUACGUACGCUGCGGUGCGUGCUCGCUUCUUCGCCGGUACGUUAACAUACACGCUCGCGCCGCCCGCGUUGACCAACGAUGAUGGCGUGUGGAUGGAUGUGUCGCUUGCGUUGAACCGCUUAGAGCGCUUGAACGCCGCCCUGUCGCUACCGCUGCCACAGACUGUUGCCUCGGAUGCUACGUCACUUAGCCUGCCUGCCGAAUCGCCGCUCUCGAACCUGUUUCCAGGGAGCUUUGCGCCGUUGAGAGUGCAGUUCCAAACUAACCUCCCCGGUACCACACAUACGGAGCCCGGAGCGCUCGAGAUCUUCCGGGCCUUGCUUGGUUACGUCCAACGAGGUGCGAUGGAGACGUUUCUCCUCUCAUGCCACUUGCUCCCUGCCGCCAGUGGUAGGCUUGCGGACGUCUACAGCAACCUGGGCCUCGACGUGAUCUUCUUUAACAUGUUCAACAAGAGCCCGCGCGUUCGUGCUGCGGUGUUGCGGUUACUUCAAGAAAUCGAGCGCCAUCCGGUGGGUAAGUUCUGGAUGAACGAAAUGAAUGGGUUUCACCGGAAUGCAUAUGAGGCGUUGAGGAAGAACGUUUGAGCGAGUGCGAAACACGGGCCCGAACAGAGAUGACUUUUGACUCGUAAGCCCAGGCGAAUGGCGAUGACUGCGAUUCUUGACGAAGUGAGGUUAGUAUAAACGAGCUUAAGGCCUGCAGUCUGAAGUUUCCUUCAAUGUUUGAGCAAGCGUUGCUCCCCUCGGUGCUCUAGCCCUGUGUCUUACUUGGAGCUUUUGUGUUUGUUUUUGGGGUUCCUGAUGUCUUGUACAUCCAUUUGAGUGCCGAGACCGUUUUGGUUGCCCCAGUCAGUUUUUUGUGCCAUUAGAGUAUUUGAUCUUUUCUGGAUUCUUCUAUGGUGCCCUAGUUAUAUCUUUUUGGUGUAUUUCUUUUGGGCUCUCUUUAAUUCUUCCGUUCUUCUGGAGUGAUGCCCCUGUUUAUCACGGUGUACAAAUUAUAAUCGGUU